ACAUUCCUGGAUCGCUUCUCGGCCUUUUGGCUAAGAUCAAGUGUAGUACCUUCGGGGAACAGCUAGUAUCGAAGCCAUUGGGUGCCUGGAGGGAAUUUGUUCUUAUAAGAGCAUAUUUACUCCGGGCAACGAGAGGCGGUCACUUACUCCGGUGAGAUCCCAAGCCAAGGGUGAAGCCGGGAGUGAUCGAGCUGACACGUGAGCUAACACGAGCGCUUCAGUGAGGGAACUGAAAGUGCGAAGUCGGUGACGAUGACUGCUCUGGAAGGAGUGAAGAUUGCGGCUGGAGAGGAGGUCCCUUUGUUCGCAAGGGUGAGGAACUCGAUGCGGAUCAUUUCCUUGGAUCCAUCGAGUGAGGAAAGGAGGUUGGCGUACGUCGUGAAGAUAAUUCUUUACGACCUGGGAAAGGUAAAGAAGGAGGAGAUCUUGGCGUUGCAGGAUUAUCCCAGAAGAGGGAUAUAUGAUGUGACGUUCAUUGAGGAGAAGUCUUUUCUGCGCUUCUUGAAAGUGAUGGAGGAGAAGAAGAACGAAGACCGUUUAGUAGGUUUCAAGGUGUUGCCACACUUUGAUCAGGAAGAAGUGGUUCUGGUGGUAAAGACCUACUCACCAGUACUACCUUUGAAGGAAAUUACUGCGGUGCUAAGUCAGUAUUGUAAGAGGCUGAAGUUUGGAGGCAAAAUCUGGAACGAACAUGGUUUGUGGACAUCAAAAUACAAGUUCAGUGCUUGGUUUUUGGAGAAGAAAAUGCCGCCAGCAAGAGUACGGAUGGGAAAGGUAAAUAUUGACGUUUUCUUUAGUGGAAUGCCUGUCUUCUGUAGGAAAUGCCGAAGUUACGGGCAUGUAGCUGAUACAUGUGAAGCAUGCAAGUUUUGUGGAGAGUCGGGACAUGAGGAGAAGAACUGUACAAGUCCGAAGAAGUGUAAUUUUUGUUUUGAAGCAGGGCAUUUGUAUGCUGCUUGUCCAGUGAGAAAACAAAAGAUGGAAGUAGUAAAACAAGAUGUUGAAACGAAGGAAGAGGUGAGAAAGGUGGAUGUGAUGGAAAGAAUAGAUGAUGAAACUUUGGAGAAUAUGGAUGCUUCUAUUGACAUUGUGUCACCUGAAAGGGUGAGUGAAAAGGAAAAAAUUGGUAAAAGAAUUGUUGUGAAAAAGAAGGAGAAGAAACAGGAGAGUAAAGAGACUGAAGAGAUGGAGAGUCAGUCUGAGGACUCAGAAAGUUCUGGAGGAGGUGAUGAAGAAAGUGGUGGAAGUGAUGAAGAAAGUGACGAAGGAUCGGUGGAGUAUUGGAAGAAAAAGUCAAAUGUAGAGUUAAAUAAGUAUAUUGCAUCUUGGCCGACAGAAAAGAAGAGUCAGUUUGGAAAAGAGAUGGGAAGUUUGCAAAAGCUUCCGGUGCCUGAAGCAAGGAAACGGAUUUUUGAGUUUAUGAAAAGAUAUAAAAAAAAAAAAAAAAAAUGAUGAUGAAUGAAAUUU